CCACAAGACCCCGCCCUUACGUCACGUCCGGCGGGAGGGACUCCGUGCUUUCCCUGGGAGGCGGAGUAUCGGUUAACCCCUACGUGGACAGGCGGACUGGAGCUCCGCGGGCCGGAACCCGCGCGUUGGGGCGCCCCAGCCACACCCCUCGCAGGAUUUAAAGGGGAAGGAGCGGCCGGCCUGCCGAAUCCCGAACGGAGGGAGCGGGCAUGAGGCGCUGCCCGUGCCGGGGGAGCCUGAGCGAGGCGGAGGCCGGGGCGCUGCCUGCAGCGGCCCGCAUGGGCCUAGAGGCGCUGCGAGGGGGGCGCCGGCGGCAGCCAGGACAGCAGCGACCUGGGCCUGGCGCUGGGGGCUCGGCGGAGCGGCCGGAGGGGGGCGGGCCCUGGGCCUGGACGGAGGGGUCCAGCCUCGGGCCUGAGCCGGAGAGAGAAGGUCCACACACAGAAUGCGAGACAGAUGGACUGGCUGAGCUCGAAGCAGCUGGCCUAGGAGCAGAGACGGAGAGUCCCGGGCAAAAUACAGAGCCAGAAGGAUCCAGUCCCCAGACACAUCCAGAAAAGAGCAGCCACAGGUCAGAGCUGGAGACUGCCGGUGCAUGGAGGGAGACUAGGACAGAUGGCUUUUGGGCUGAUACACACAGACCUGACCUCCAGUCUCAGGCAGAGAGGGUCAGCAUCUGGACACAGCCAGAGGGUGAUGAGCCCUGGACAGAACUAGAAAUACCUGAGUGGCAGACCCAGCCAGAGAGGGCGAAACCCUGGGCUGAUAACCUCUGGACUCAUCAGAGCAGGCCCAGCCUCCGGACUUACCCAGAGGGAGCCUGUCCCUCCACAGAACCAACUGCUGAUGGCUCUUGGAAAGAACUGUACACUGAUGACUGCAGGAUGCCGCAGGAUACCGAAGGCUCCUGGACAGAGCCACACGCUGAUAGCUCCCAGAUACAACCAAAUACUGAAACAGCCUGGAAGCAGCCUGGCAAUGAUAGUUUCCCAAUACAAGAAACUUAUGAUGGCUUCUGGACACAAGCUGGGUCUGAUGGUCCCCAGACAGGAUCAGGAACAGACUGCUUUUUGGAGAAGCCCAACCAAGAUGAUCCAUUAGAGGAAACUGAAUCUGGGGAGUUGGUGAUUCACCCGAAUUCUCACCUGGAGUGCAAUUCCCUGUGCCCUGUACCCCGCCUCAUCAUCACCCCUGAAACCCCUGAGCCUGAGGCACACCCAGCGGAAGUGCCAUCUCGGAUUGAGGGGGGCAGUGGGGGCUUUUCCUCUGCCUCCUCUUUUGAUGAAUCUGAGGAUGACUUGGUGGCUGGAGGUGGAAGUGGAGGUUCCAGCGAUCCUGAGGAGAGGUCUGGGAGCAAACCAUGGAAGAAGCUGAAGACGGUUCUGAAGUAUUCGCCCUUCGUGGUCUCCUUCCGUAAACACUACCCUUGGGUCCAGCUUUCCGGACAUGCUGGGAACUUCCAGGCAGGAGCGAAUGGUCGGAUUCUGAAACGUUUCUGUCAGUGUGAGCAGCGCAGCCUAGAACAGCUGAUGGGAGACCUGCUGCGGCCAUUUGUGCCAACCUACUAUGGCAUGGUGGAGCAGGAUGGCCAGGCUUUCAACCAGAUGGAAGAUCUCCUGGCUGACUUUGAGGGCCCCUCCAUCAUGGACUGCAAGAUGGGUAGCAGGACCUAUCUGGAGGAGGAGCUGUCGAAGGCACGAGAACGGCCCCGGCCCCGGAAGGACAUGUAUGAGAAGAUGGUGGCUGUGGAUCCCGGGGCUCCCACCCCUGAGGAGCAUGCCCAGGGUGCAGUCACCAAGCCCCGCUACAUGCAGUGGAGGGAAACCAUGAGCUCAACCUCCACCCUGGGCUUCCGGAUUGAAGGCAUUAAGAAAGCCGAUGGGACCUGUAACACCAACUUCAAGAAGACACAGGCACUAGAGCAGGUGGCGAAGGUGCUGGAGGACUUUGUGGACGGGGACCAUGGAAUCCUGGGAAAGUACGUGGCACGCUUAGAAGAACUUCGAGAUGCUCUGGAGGACUCGCCUUUCUUCAAGACCCAUGAGGUGGUUGGCAGUUCCCUCCUCUUUGUGCACGACCACACUGGCCUGGCCAAGGUCUGGAUGAUCGACUUCGGCAAGACAGUGCCCCUGCCUGACCACCACACGCUCACCCACAGGUUGCCCUGGGCUGAGGGCAACCGUGAAGAUGGCUACCUUUGGGGCCUGGACAACUUGAUCCGCCUCCUUCGGGGCCUGGCACAGAGCUGACCUGCUCAGCCAUUGCCAGGCUUAGUUACAGGAUUGUGCCCGUCUGGCUGCAGCAGCCCCGUGAUCUCUUGGAGGCCUCAGGCAGGUGAUGGAAGAGGCCAUGCUGUGGCAUAUGGCCUGUGUGGGAGGUCUAAAGAGCCUUGGUACGCUAGGCAGCUUCUGGCUCCUUCAUGAUCCAGGGAACACAACCAGGUGGGGUCACUGUGAGCCAGUGGAACCACAACAGGUCCCCUGACCAGCCAGGAAGGCUUCUGAGGCACUGCCAGAGGCUGUAGCCAAAUCAUGCUGCCCUGAGAGCACAAGUCGCUGUCACCACACAGACUUGACACUGCCCACAGCCAUAUGAAUGACUCAGAGCUGCCUCCUCAGUCCCUCCUGGCUCCCAGCUGGCUCCUUGAGUGCAGGGCCUGGGCAGCCUGUCUUGGUGUCCCAGGUACUAGGCUUCAACCCUGAGUAUGUGCAGGAGCCACCUGUCCACCUGGGAGUGACAGCACAAUCUCUGUUGGAGGCCUCCCAAGUGCCAAGUGGUGGGUAUGACACAUGAGAUGCCUGCUGACACUGCCCAGGGCUGAUGUCCCGGGGUGGGGCACAGCUCAUGGCCUCUUUCCUGCCUUGCUGCAGCCUGGGGGGACUUCCUUCAGGAGACUGCUGACCUGCUGCAGACCCAGACCUCAGCCUCACCCAGCCUGGGUGCCAGCGUUGUGACCAGUACAACCUCAUUGUUCGGUUCAUCACAUCCAACCUCAGGACUUCCCCCUUCUGCCCCUGAGCCUUGGGCUCUUCUGUCUCCUUCCUCCUAGCGGACUGCUGCAGCAGAAGCUUCCCAGGCAGGAGAAAUGUGUGUCUUUUUGGGAAUCAGAGGCACCUUACUGAGGGUACCUCAACCCAUUUCAGAGAAGAGUCCUCUUCCAGGGAAAAGUACCUGGUUGCAUGUAGCUGUGGCUGUCACCUUGGGAUUGCCACCAAAGACUCCAGCACUCGGGUACGGUAUAUGCACACUUGGUCCAGUGCUCUAGCACUCAUUGCUCUGGCGUCCUGUCCCACGUGUGGGUUUAGGGAGGACAGGACAGGCAUUGACCUAUUCUCCAAGCUGAAGCCUUAACUUUGUCUUCCAGGGCUGAGGAAGAUCCUCCUUUUCUACUGACCAUCUUUGUACUUAUUUAUAAAUGUGUGAGGUAGUUGUUAGAUGGGUUAUUGGGAGAUCUGGAGGCAGAUUGCUUCUUUCACUCUUGCCUCCCGCCCAAAACAUGCUAAUAAACGUUAACACUCAA